AUGCACAUUUUCGCCAUCCUACUAAGCCUCACUACCCUGGCUCAAGCCUCCCAGGACAAGCCAAAGUCCUACGAGUACAUUGUCGUAGGCUCUGGCCCCGGCGGCGGACCUCUUGCCGCCAACCUCGCCAGGAGCGGCCAUUCUGUCCUUCUCAUUGAUGCUGGCGACGACCAAUUUGGCAAUGAGAAUUCCCACAUGGUGUACAACAAUACGCCCGCCAUCAACGACCCCCUCACCAGGUGGGACUUUUUUGUUUCCCGCGACACACCCGAGAUCGACGCUGGGUACGAAUUCACAACCUGGCGAAAGACCAACGGCGAAUUUUACGUGGGCUUGGAUCCCCCUCGAGGUGCAAAACGUCUGGGCGUCUACUACCCUCGUGCUGGAACCAUUGGUGGUUGCGCCAUGCACAAUGCCGCCUCUCUUGCACUGCCCGCUGAUGCAGACUGGAGAGAUAUCGUUGCUAUUACUGGCGAUGCAGACUGGUCUGCCGAAAAUAUGCGGAAGCACUUCAUCCAACUUGAGCGAUGCAACUAUAUCCAAAAUGGGAGCGACCCAUCUCACGGAUUCACUGGUUAUCUCGACACUUCUCAAGCCAAUCACGACUGGGCCCUCAACCGAUCGGACCUCACAACUCUUGCUUCCUACUUUUCCAACUCCCUUGGAGGGCUUGAGACGGGAAAGUCACUGUACGAGCUGCUGGGUCGAGAUAUAAAUGCCAACGAUCCCAACAGAGAUGAGUUUAUGGGCGUCAUUACACCGCAUACUCAUUCCAGGAACGGUGUGCGGUCUAGCCCGUUGAACUACAUCCGUGACACUCUGGCAGAUGCUAGGCGAUACCCCCUCACCGUUCAGACACACACCCUCGUUACCAAAGUCCUCUUCUCAGACGCACAUGCCAAGAACAAGCAGCCAAAAGCCAUUGGUGUCGAGUAUCUUCAAGGUCAGAGUCUCUACGCAGCUGACCCACGCUACAAGUCGCAGUCCAAGGGCGUCAAAGGACAAGCCUUUGCUACCCGGGAAGUCAUCAUCGCUGGAGGUGCCUUCAACUCACCUCAAAUCCUCAAGCUGAGCGGUAUUGGACCGUCAGCCGAGUUGAAAAAGUUUGGCAUCCCCGUCGUGAAGCAUCUUCCGGGCGUUGGCACCAACAUCAAAGACAACUACGAGGCCGUUCUGUAUGGAACCUUUGCCAAACCCGUUACUGGCUAUUUUGACUUCUUCUACAAAACAGCCCUGGCACUUCGUGGCCGUGAUCUCCAAUUCUACUGUGGAAGCAUGAACUUUAUCGGCUUCUGGCCUGGCAUGCCAGGUUGGAAUAAGAACGAAUUCGAGUGUGGCCUGAUGCAGCUUCACCCACGCAACGUCAAUGGCACCGUCAAGCUUCGAUCCGCAAACCCCAGAGACGUUCCUGAAAUCCACCUCGGUUUCUUCCAAGAGGGCAAUGAUUCUGAUUUAGAAUCGAUGGUUGAGGGCAUCAACUUUGUCAGAUCCUUAUUCAACAACUUGACCAACAACAUCUUCACCGAACUUCGACCCUGCGCUCCUGGGGUCGAAUGUACCAACACUUGGCAAAAGGAUUACCUCCGUGCUCAAACUCACUCUCAUCAUGCGGUUGGAAGCUGUGCCAUUGGAGCAGACGACGACCCCAUGGCUGUUUUGGACUCCAAGUUCCGUGUCAGGGGCGUGCGCAACUUGCGUGUUGUAGAUGGGUCUGCUUUUCCUGUCCAGCCUGGUGCUGUGCCUUCGCUGUCUACGUUUUUGAUUGGAGAGAAGGCUUUUCAGGAUAUUAUUUCUAGUGUUUAG